AUGCUGGCUCCGGCAUUGAGCUUCGCCCUCCUCACCCUACAGAUUCUCCUGGCCACGACUGUCCUGGAAAAAACGAAAAGCCGAUCGCUCUACCGUUACACCGGCAUGCUCGUCAUUAUCCUAAUCACAUAUGCACAGCACAGUCUACAGAACUACCCCAGAAUCAACGCCACGUGGGGCGCCAGCUUAGGAGUCACCCAUUUCAUAUACGCCGUGCACUUGGCGAGCCUUCUCUUCCUCGAGAAGGCCACUCCGAAAAGCGCCCUGGGGCACAAGCCCACCGGUGCCAACAAGCAUUCACCCCCCCAGAAGGACCACUCGAUCGCGUUCCGGCUCUGUUCCAGCACCCGUGGCAUCGGGACCAACUGGCAAGUCAAGAACAUACCACCUGUACCCGGGGUACUGCACGCACGGGCACCCCAGCGCGCCACGAGGGGUUUUCUGCUUCGACAGUCUGCCAUCAUCUGCUGGAUCUACUGCUGGCUACGCGUUAUCCACCUUGUCUGGAACCAAUACAUCCAAGGAUUGAGUCAAACGCUGUUCCCGCUGGAGGAGGAGAGCGCCUUGUAUUCUCUUGUGUUGGAACGCGCCAUCGUGCGCAUGUUUUCUGGGUUCGUCGUUUUGAUGGGAGGUGUGAGAGCAAGUCUCGAGCUUGCGUAUCGGAUCGCCUCCGUUCUGUGCGUCGGCCUAGGUGUUUCUGGUGCUCAGGAGUGGCCUCCGAUGUUUGGUAGCACCUGGGAGGCAUACACGCUACGGAAGUUCUGGGGGUGGGUAUACCUUCUCGUCUGCCCUAUCCGUAUCGGUAGACUGCAGUCAGACGUAGACAUAUAUCGGGCCUGAUUGACUGAC